AACAAACAACGCUAACAUAAAUGCUAAGAAACAACGCUAACAUAAAUGCUAAGAAACAACGCUAACAUAAAUGCUAACAUACAACGCUAACAUAAAUGCUAAGAAACAACACUAACAUAAAUGCUAACAUACAACGCUAACAUAAAUGCUAAGAAACAACGCUAACAUACAAUGCUAACAUAAAUGCUAACAAACAACAGGGUUUAAAUGUUCGCCACCUAGAAACAAUACACACUUUAUGGAUUAUAUUACUGCGUCCUGUCAAAAGAAACCCCCAGUAAACUAUAAAUAACAACAAAUAUUAGGGUUGUUGUUUUGGCUGUUUUUAACUGAGCUUACCUCUCCGUUCACCUGCUCCUCCUGACCCGACAUAAUGAGAAGUUUAAAAACCAAAAGACAUGAACAGAGGAAAUAUUUCAAAAAUAAUGUUCACUUCGUUGUCUGUUACGAGUGUGUGUGAGAGAAAGAGGGAGAGAGAAAGGGUGGAGUGUUUCAAGGAAGUUAAACCUCAGGACGACGAAGCGAAAGUGAAAGAAACACUCCGAGUUAAAUGCUGGGGGUUUUCCAGCCUUCACUCUGUGCGGGCUCCUCACUGAUCACUUCACACAGCAAUGGCCCGGCUGUCAGCUCAGUGCUAGACAGGAUCUUUAAUAGGAAUGGAGGAGAAAACGUUGGUUCUUGAGGGUCUGCCGGGGGAUUUAGACCUGGUGAGAUCAAAACUAGAGCUUCAUUUCAAAAACAAGAGGAAAUCUGGCGGAGAAGUCAUGCAGAUCCGAGAGCAUCCCGAGGACAAGAGGAAAGCUCUGCUCAUCUACCUGCUAGAAACAGAGUUAAACAAUGUCCUUAAACAAGGUGUGCACAAAAUUGAUUUCAAAACCCUCGGAGUUGUUGAAUUGACAGUGAAACUCUUGAAUCCCAAGACAGUAAAGGUUAAACCGCCUCUUUUACCAAGACCAAAGAUAGAAAAUCUUGAACACGUCAGAUCUACGCAAGACACUUCAAGUGUACAGAAGUCUGGCCCCAAAACUGAAAAAGGAAAAGAAGAGGACUCAAAAACCAACAAGUUGCUUAUCAGCACCAUGGAGACAGUUGAUAAAGAUAUUCUUACAAUGUACUUUGAGCAGUUUACAGACAAGGCUGAAAUCACAAAACGUGGAACAAACAAGUGGAUCCUAAAAGUAGCCAAUCAGUCGGAUUUGUUGAAUAUUCUGGCCCAGGAGAAACACGAGCUCAAUCUGACAGUGGAGUUGUAUAAAGAAGCAGCUGUUGCAGAGCAGUGGGACCCUCGGCGUUUCAUCCUAACUGGGUUCAAAGACACCUGCAAAUGCAAAUUAAUUUCCAUGUUCAUUGGGAGCUGCAGUCAGAAGGCAGCACACACCUGGGAGAUAAUAGAUGAUGAGAGAAUUGUGGUCACCUUCAAGAAUGACAUCGAUUCAAAAUCUUUCGUUGAGAAGUGUGCAGCCAGAAACCUGCAGGGCAUGGAGAUUGAAGCCUCUCAUUUAGAGCUCACAGAUUCAAUUCUGGUACAUGGGGAUAUGAGCAAUCUUCCACAAGACGCUCUUAACCUCUACUUCAGCAACAACAAAAGGAGCGGUGGAGGUGAUAUCAAGUCUCUAAUCUGGGUCACCAAACAAAAGCGUGUGGUUAUAUCCUUUCAGGAUUGUCAUGUUGCACAACAAGUGGUGGCACAGAAACAUCAUCUUUGUGGCACAGACCUUAGCACCUUGCUUUUCUACCCAAGUCUUCAGAAGGCUUUGACAGGAGAAACACCUAUGUUUUCCAAUAUAUCCACUGAUGUGAUUACUCCUGUUGAUGAGGUCUUCCUGAAUUUCAUUGAAAAGAACAAAAAGUGCAAAAAUGAUUUUGAGAGUCAGCUAAAGGCAGUUCAUGCUAAAAUAAUUUUUGAUAAAACCACUUCCCCUGGAGAGAUUACACUUGAGAUGGCUGUGGACAAAGAGUCUUUAGCUGCAGUUCGACUAGGAGCAACUUGGGAAAGUAAAGCACAAAGAGAAGCACAAGCCUUUCUGAGCAGGUACAGCACAGCUGAGUUGCCAGUUGAGAUCGCAAUCUGGAAAAGGGUAGAGCGUGACUGCCUUGGAUUUGAAAAUUCUGAUGCUGAGGUGACCUACAUGGAAACCAAAUCCAAAAUUGCAAUAGUUGGCCUUAAAACAGAAGUCACAACCCUCUUGAACAAGAUUCAGAACCUUCUUAAGGAUGCAACUGCAGAAUUAGAAGUGGAAAGAAACACUGUUGAAAAAGUGAUUCCAUUUGACUCAAAAGAGACACUAGAAGUGGUAGAAAAAUGUGUACAUACUAAACUCCAAAAUGUAACAUUAACCAAAAAUGAAACUAACCUGACUUUUCACCUGCAAGGUUUGAGGAACUGUGUAGAUGCUGCUGAAAGGGUCAUCAAGCAAGCACAGGAGAGGGUUAUCUUUCAACAACUGAACAUCUCAGCCCAUUUGCUUCAGUUUCUGAAGUCCUUAGAUAUAAAGAAAUUUGAGCAAAGCCAUUUUGUAACCAGCCAUAUACCAGCUUUAUUCCGGAAUGAUGGAGAGCUUCUUGGGAUUGUUGCAGAGAAAGAAUACAUCAAGGUAGCUGAAGACAAAGUGAAAAAGAUCCUUCAGGAGGAGGUCAUCCAACUGACUCCUGAUGUAAACACAGUAAUUAACACUGAAAACUGGGUGAACUUUUUGAACAAAAUUAAAGUGGAAUUACAUCAUAAUUCACAGAAUGUUAACAUCAUAUCUUCAGAGGCACAGAUAGUAAUCUGUGGAUUUGCUCAAGACGUGGCAAAUCUUUCAAAAAAGGUCAAGAAUUAUCUGGAGAGCAAGAUACCAGCAACCAAAUGUAUCCACCUAAAAUCUUUGCAGGAAGUGGGGUUUGUUGACUCUUGCAUGAACUUGUCAGAAAGCCCAGAAAUAAGAAACCUUGGCAUCACGAUUCGAUUUUGCAGAACAGUGAAUUCUCCAAGUCUGAAGGUUACAGCAGCAAAAGAAAAAAUCCAGGAUGUAGUAACUGUUCUGAAAAGGUAUUUAGCUUCCAUUUCCAGUGAGAAGCAUACCUAUUUGAAAGCAGGAGAGUCUAAGGUCAUACUUAAGCAUGAAGCCAACAUUCAAGCCAAAGCCAAGGAGUGGGGUUGCAAGGCUUACAUUUCAACUCACAAGACUGGCCCCUCAAAAAGAUACAGCCACCAAAUAAACAGCUACAUCACUUUAACAGUUACAGAAGGUGAUCUGCAGCACUUUCCAGCUGAUGCUUUGAUUUGUCCUAUGAGUAGCAAACUAGCUUUUGACAAUCCUGUUGCUCAAAGGUUUCUUCAGGUCGCAGGUUCCGAUAUUCAAGAAGUGUGCAUCAGACUUCAGAAAGAAAAGCAAACUUUACUUGCUGGAGAAGUGGUCCUCAGUCUUCCAGGAAAUCUCAAUGCCAACAGCCUAAUUUACACUGUCUUGCCCCAGAGUGGUCAACAGUUCACUUUGGGCUGUCACUACCUGAAAUUAGCCGUUCUUAAUAGCCUCCAGAAGGCAGAAUCUAGAAAUGAUACUUCUAUUGCAAUGCCAGUAAUAGGCUGUGAAACCUUUGGGUUCUCCACCAAAGAAAGUUGUACUGCAAUCAGAGAAGCAGUACUAGAGUUCAUCAGUAAUCAACAACAUUCCCCAAAUAAUAUAAAGAACAUAUUUGUGGUACAUUCCGAUGUGAAGACACUGGAGGAGUUCAACAACAUCAUUGCUCAAGAGGGUUUUUUAAAUGUAAACACAUCUGCCACUCCAACAAGCACUACCUCUCAAAACCAACCAAAAUUUCUCAAUCCUUUCCAAGCAUCAGACACAGAAGUAAUUGUUCAUGGAGUGCUAGUGAAUCUGAAAAAAGGAGAUAUCACCAAAGAAACAGUGGAUGUCAUUGUUAAUUCCAACAACAGUUCCUUGGAUCUUGACACAGGUGUGUCUGGUGCAAUUUUGAAGGCAGCCGGAAAGUCAGUGGAGGAUGAAUGCAAAAAACAUGGUCAACAGAAACAGAAUGGAGUGGUAUUGACGAGCGGAGGUAAACUUUCAUGUAAGCACAUUGCUCAGAUGGUUGGACCCAAUAAUGCUGCUGAUAUUACUACUUCUGUGGACAAAAUCCUGAAACUGUGUGAAAGUACAGCGUCUGCUACGAUAGCCAUCCCUGCAAUUGGCACAGGGAAAGGUGGUAUCGGAGCAAAUGACUCCAUCAUGGCUAUUUUUGCUGGAGUGGAAAGCCAUUUGGCUCUGUCAACAUCAACCAGCCUCCAGAAAAUUACUGUGGUGGCAUUUGAGCAGAAGGUUUUUGAUGCAUACUGCAACUAUUUCAAGGAGAAGAACAACAAGAGUGCACCUUCCAGUAUGCCUACAAAUAAAAUUAGAAUUGGAGGUGUGUGGAUUGAAAUAAAGAAGGGGAACAUCAUCACCGAAUCUGUACGUGGUAUUGUCAACACCACCAACAAAGAAAUGAACUUGACAGGAGGAGUCUCAGGGGCCAUUUUUAAAGCUGCUGGGCCCUUUGUUCAACAGGAGUGUAAAAAACAUGGUCCACUUCAGAGUGACACAACUGCAGUGACCAGUGCUGGAAAUCUGCAAUGUGAUUUCAUCAUUCACAUGACUGGACCCCACUCCAGUGCAGAGGCAAGAUUACGGGUAAAGAAAGUAUUGGAGAGAUGUGAGGAGAAACAGAUCAGCACCAUUUCAUUCCCUGCUGUUGGUACCGGUGGAGGUGGUGUUAAUCAUGUGGACGCCAUUACUGCUAUGCUACAAGGCUUUCAUGACCACUUGUCUCAACGUUCCUCCACUGUCAUCAAACUCAUUUAUAUUGUCAUUGACAAAGAUGAAGUUCUGAAAGCCUUUCAGCAAGGACUGAAUCAAUGGACUGCAAACCCCAAGCAGAGCAUUGAUGACACUGAAGAAUAUGAUGGUGAUGAUGAAGAUGGUGAUGAUGAAGAUGGUGAUGAUGACGAUGGUGAUGAUGAAGAUGGUGAAUCUUACAGGAGCUCAGAUGAAGAUAGUUUGUUUUCAGAAGAAGAGGAUCACUGUAGUGGAAAAAUCACAGAAGCAAUCAUUGGCCCAUUGAAAGUUAAAGUGCUUUGUGGUGACAUCACAAAAGAGACGACAGACGCAAUAGUCAGUAGCACUAACACCAACCUCAAUCUAAGCUCAGGUGUAUCAGGAGCUAUCCUCAAAGCAGCCGGACAGAGUGUUGUGGAUGAGUGCACAAAAUUAGGUGUUCAACCCAGUGAUGGUGUGGUUCUCACAAAAGCUGGAAACCUUACAGCUAAGCACAUUGUCCAUAUGGUUGGUCAGACCAAGGAGAAGCCGAUCACAAACUGCAUGUAUAAAGUUCUGAAGAAGUGUGAGGAAAACAAGAUUCAAUCCGUUUCAUUCCCUGCUCUUGGGACUGGAGCAGGAAACCUGGCAGCAGCUCAAGUAGCAACUGCUAUGAUGGAAGCAUUGGGAAUUUUUUCUCUUUCCUCACCAGUAUUUUUAAAAACCGUCCAUAUUGUGAUUUACCAAAGUGCAAUAUUGUCAGACUUUGAGGAUGCUAUGAAGAAGUUCAAAAGGAUUUCUCGAAAACUCUCUUCAGAAACUAUCCCCAGAGUACCUCAGCAAACAGAGACACCGGAUUCCACCAAGCCAAAACUGUGUCUCGCUACUGAGACUAAUGCAGUGACUUUCCCAAUCACAAAUGUAGAGAUAUAUGGCAUAUAUUCUACUGACAUUGCCAAGGUCAAAAAGUUCCUGGAUGAUUUGGUUUCAGAAGAAUGUAUAAGCAGGGAUGUUGAGUCCAGCCAUCUAGCCAACUUUCCUGAAGCUGAAAACAAGGCGAUUGUGGAGCUCAGCCAAAGGAACCAAGUGCAUGUUCUUGUGGCUGCAAAGGACAAAUUGAUUGUGUCAGGAAAGAAGGAUGAUGUUUUAGACACUGUUCUGAACAUACAGAAGUUCAUCCAGGCAGCCCAGGACAGGGAAAACAGAGAAGGUGAAGAAAGGAGGCUAAGCAAAACACUGCGAUGGGAGGUAGCAGAAGAAGAGACGUGGGUACCACUGAACUCCAGCAUUAGCUAUGAACUGGAGUUGGCCUUUCACAAGAAAGAGCAUACCUUUAGCUACCAGGAUAAAGGCAAAUCCUUUACAAUAGACUUCAAGGAGAUGAAACAGUUUAACACCAAGGGGAAGGCCUGGAAAGUCAAAAGAACUCUGUUUGCUGACUCGGACACAGCUAUCAUUCAACCUCCACCAACUUGGACCAAAAUGGAUGGAAGUGAUCUGGAAAUCAUUGUUCUAUCUCCAAGUUCAGAAGAAUACAAGAAGAUAGAUAAUGAGUUUGUAUGCUCAAGCCAACACCAAGACGUAGCUCCUGUCCAAGUGGUGCAGAUCCGCAGAAUUCAGAGUCAGCCACAAUGGCAAAGAUACUGUGUGUUGAAGCAAGCAGUGGACAAAAAAUACCCCAAGCAGAAAAAUGAACAGUUUCUCUAUCAUGGCACUACCAAAGACAUUUGUCAGAAAAUCAAUAAGAAUGGCUUCAACAGGAGUUUCUGUGGGAGAAAUGCUGUUGUUCAUGGCGAUGGAACGUACUUUGCCAAAGAUGCUUGGUACUCUUGCCAAGACCAUUAUUCAAACCCAGAUGAGAAUGGAUUGAAGUAUAUCUACAGAGCUCGAGUUGUGACCGGGUCACCAUGUAAAAGUCGAGGCGGAAUGAAGGAGCCAGACCCUCUGGACCCAAAAGAUCCUCGUGCUGGGCUGUAUGACUGUGCUGUGGACGAUUUGCAAAACCCAUUCAUCUUCGUAGUGUUCUGCGAUGCAGGAGCAUACCCUGACUAUCUCAUCAGCUUUAAAAAUGUUUGAUCGUAUAUUUGGGUACUUUUAGCACUUUUUCUAGCAAAGGACCUUAUACAUUUAUAAGUCAUCAAGAAUCUUUAUCCAGCAAAGGCAUCCAAAUUUAAAAUGACAGUGAAAAAGAGGUGCUGAUGUUUUUAUACUGUUUAUAACAACAGUGUAAGGAAUAAUUCAUAUUCACAAGUAAUAAUUCAAAUUCAUUCAGUUUCAAGAAAUCAUGUUGUGCCUUAACAGUGGUCACCUCAGGCGCUAGUUCAGAUUCAGUUGUUUACUUUUUGUAAUGGGAGGAUUUGUAUAUAAGGGAAAUAAAUACAAAGAAAAAUAAAA